CGCGCUUAUGUGAGAGGGAUGGGGCGAGGGGAGCUGAGAUUUUUACCUUACUGUUGAGCAGCAUUUAGUGUCCCGUCUGGCUAGACAAGAGGAUGCUAUUUCAUGCAUAGUCUCUUAUCUAUAUAUCGAGCAUCUCUGUGUCUGUGCGGAUUCCUGGAUCCUAUACCAGCAGCAAGUUCUAUUUCUACAAUAAUCCACUGAAAGAGUUGCCUCGAAAAGGAUUCCGCACUAUGAACGUUCCAGCAUAAUAUAGGGUAGUCGAGUUUUCCUGGGCGGGAGAUUCCCGUGCUGUGUUUUGCUGUGUUCAGCUAAACUGGGCUUUAGCACUUCAUCUAAAUAGCUUAAUUUGAUUGGUUGGACGUACCACUUCUGGUAGUGAUCAGUCUCGGAGUCGGAGAACGUGUCUCCCCGACGUGUGCAGUUGUUUGGAGCCAACGGUUUACACAUGAGUGUCCAUUCAUAAGCUAUUGAUCUGGUAUCGAUCGCUUGUGGAAGGGUUGUUUUCUAGAACAGCAGAGGUGUUUGUGCUCAUUCUUUCCUCAUGGCUGACUCCCAAAAGCUUGGAACCUUCAAAGCGGUGAAGUGCCCCGCAGAGGAGCUCUCCUUGACCAAUGCUGUCAUCGUUAAUGAGCAGGACUUCCAAGGCAUCAAUCAUAUUUACGUCAACCCAAGCCCUCAUGCAAGCUUCUUGUUCACUGUACUGGGCAAUCCCCGUAUUGCAUCCGGUCAGAUGGGGUUCAACGCACAACAUCGCAAAUGGGCAGGCAUCAUGCUCAACGCCGAGCUAGCUGUGAGGCGAGCGACCUUGAACCCUCGGAAAGAUUGUGUUGGCUCAAUCGUUCUUGAGAUGGAUUUUUGGUCGAAGAAAGCGCAGCAGGGCCUCACAUUGGACAGUGACAAACUGGCUGCGGAAUUCUCCAUGUCCUUCGGCAAUCGAGCAUUCACAGUUGGUGAACCGUUAGUCUUUCAGUUUGACAAGAAACUCUACUCUCUGAAUGUGAAGAGCAUAGAAGUCAUUGACAUGACCCUGGUGAAUGCACAAGGACAACUAACUGGGAAGCCUAAAGUGGCACAGUAUGGUGUACUGUCAGGAAACUCGGGCAUUAUUUUUGAAAAGAUGGAGGGAUCUCUGCUCAACUUCAGUGGCAAAGCAAAAGGGAAGUCCACUCAUCAGUCCAUCAUCAAUCCUGACUGGGACUUCACCAAGCUGGGCAUUGGUGGCCUGGAUACAGAGUUCACCGGAAUCUUCCGGCGAGCAUUUGCUUCAAGAGUCUUUCCUCCAGAGAUUAUUGAACAGCUAGGUAUGAAGCAUGUCCGAGGCAUUCUCCUUUUUGGACCUCCUGGUACGGGAAAGACACUGAUGGCAAGACAAAUUGGAAAGAUGUUGAAUGCUCGUGAGCCAAAGAUUGUCAACGGUCCCGAGAUCCUGGACAAGUAUGUGGGAGAGUCAGAAGCCAACAUCAGGAAACUCUUUGCUGCUGCUGAAGAGGAGGAGAAGAGAUGUGGCGCAGCCAGUGGUCUACAUAUCAUUAUCUUUGAUGAAAUUGAUGCAAUCUGCAAGACCAGAGGCUCCGUGGCAGGCAACACAGCAGUUCACGACACGGUGGUCAACAUGUUGCUGACCAAACUGGACGGUCAUGACCAGCUCAACAAUAUACUUGUCAUUGGCAUGACCAACAGGAAGGACAUGAUUGAUGAGGCUCUGACCAGGCCGGGCAGAAUGGAGGUCCAGAUGGAGAUUGGUCUGCCCAAUGAGCACGGCCGUGUCCAGAUCCUCAACAUCCACACCCAGACCAUGCGGGAACAUGAGAAGCUCGGAGAUGACGUGGACAUUGCAGAGCUGGCCUCUCUCUCCAAAAACUUCAGUGGUGCUGAGAUUGAGGGCUUGGUCCGUGCUGCUCAGUCCACAGCCAUGAACCGACUGAUCAAGGCAACGUCCAAAGUGGAAGUUGAUGCUGAUGCUGUUGAGAAGCUCAAAAUUACUCGUGCUGACUUCAUGCAUGCUCUACAACAUGACUGCAAGCCGGCCUUUGGCAGCAGCAAGCAGGAGCUGGACAAGUAUUUAAGCUCUGGUAUUCUGACCUGGGGCGAGUCUGUGAGUCGAGUGCUUCAAGAUGGAGAUAUGGUGAUCUCACAGAUCAAGACAAGCGACCAGACAUCACUCAUUACAAUGCUCCUCGAAGGUCCCCCAGGGGCUGGCAAGACGGCUCUUGCAGCCAAGAUCGCCCAGCGCUCAGAUUUACCCUUCACCAAGCUGUGCACACCAGAGAACAUGAUCGGCUACACAGAGCCUGCGAAGUGUCAAGAAAUCAAGAAGAUUUUCGAUGAUGCUUACAAGUCACCCAUCAGUUGCAUUGUCAUGGAUGACAUUGAGAGGUUACUUGAUUAUGUCAAUGUUGGUCCUCGGUUUUCAAACUUAGUGCUGCAAGCGCUACUGGUUCUACUUAAGAAACUUCCUCCAAAGGGCCACAAGUUGCUUAUCAUUGGCACUACUUCUCGUAAAGACGUUCUACAAGAUUUUGACAUGCUUCCACUGUUCAAAAGCAUAGCACACGUUAGUGCUGUGUCUACAAGCGAGCAGCUUAUCCAUGUUCUGGAUUCUACAGACGCCUUCACUGAUGCUGAACUUGAUUUGAUUAAGAAAAAGACUUCCAACAAAAGGCUCUUCAUUGGCAUCAAAACUCUUCUCACAACUAUUGAAAUGUCAAGACAGAUGGACAGUGGUGAGCGUGGAGAGAAGCUUGUCUGUCUGUUGGAAGACCUUGGUGCCAUAGAGUUUUAAGGCGGUGUGCAGCAGGAUGGCUUUGUAUAGACAAUUAUUCUUAGAUUAAAUGAUUGAUUAAAUAUUUUGAGACACUUAAUUUAGCAAGAUUGAUUGAGUAAAAGGCAAGCUGUGUCAUUUUUAGCAGUCACUUAAAAAAUGCAAGCUUUGUCAUCUGUAGCAGUCAAUUAAAAAAUGCAAGCUUUGUCAUUUUCAGCAGUUGAUUUGAUAAAGCUAAAUUGUCACGUUAUGAUUUCAGCCGAAUUUUCUAUUGUCAUAUACAUUUCUGGAUGGAAUGAAAUUAGACAUUUUCUGCAAAAGCAUUUGUGCAAUAUAUGACACUUUGGUUCAUUGGCAUUUGAAAUAAUUGAUACUAUGCAUAGCACUUUCAUGUGUUUUUUUUUAAAAUUGUGAUUGUUGAGAUAACUGGGGAGUUGCGCAGCUUAACAGAGAAGAAAAAAGUACAUGGGUUGAUGGCCCUUUGAAUGCACAAAGUUUAGAGAUGAUGAGGAUUUUCUAGUUGGGUAAUCUUUGAAUUUAUGAACCCGGGUUGUAUAUAGGUUAUAGAUGUGUGUUUGUGUGUGUGUGUGUUAAUGUGAGUGUGUUUGUGAUGCGCGAGUGUGCUUUUAUUCAUAUUUCUUCUUAUUUGUAUGAACUCCAUAUAUGGGCUCCCAGAUUGGAAGAAGUUUAAGAAUGCAUCUGGAUAUGUGUGCUGCAUGGUUUGAAAAGUACUGAAAUAAUGACAGUUGUGAUAGAAUGUGCAGUUAGUUCUAUAUUUACAAUGUCUCAUUUAUAAUAUGUACGUGGGCAUCGUGCAUUCCUCUGUCUUUUUAUGAGAACUGUAGCACUAGUAACAUUUGUGUGCUACAUUAGUCUAGAUUUAGCAAUCGCUAGCACUCUGAAUGUUGGUUUAUACCUGUUUUCUGAUUUUAGAACUUUGGCCUGUUCCUUGCUACCUAGAUCGUUUAAUUCCUUCCUCUACACAAGCUGUGGUUGUUAGAAUGCGCUAUGAUUGUAGUUAUGAUACAGUUUACCUCACACGUUCCAAAAUGUACCAUUUCAACCUUCAUGCUUCACUACCCUUCUAGGGAUCAAACGAAUGUCUAGGCAUUUGCGAAUGCCCUUUGAUUUUCAGUACAUUCUUUACUCUAUCAUGUUAUAAGUUUCUUUCUAAAACUUUGUGUGUUUUUUGGUCUUUUGUAAGAUUUAUGUUCUUUAAAAACUGAUUUUUUCACAUUUGCUAUUCAUACCACACUAAUCAAUGUAAUACUGUCUGUAAAAUUAAAACGUCAAAGAAUAUCAGUUGACAAUUCCUACUCUGUGCUGUAAAACCACAUGUGUUGGCAUAAUCUACAUUCCGGCACAAUGCAGCAGUCUGAUGAUCAUUACUGUUGUUAUUUGUCUCAUCCUAAGUUCUUGAACUCUGUAUCUUGAUUAGCUUUUUAAGACAUUGAAUUGUUCAAAUCAUCUUUUAGUCUCAGUAUUUUGCCCUUGUUUAUUUAUAUUUGAAUGAUGUUGUCUUCACCUCUUUGUGAUAAAUAUUAUUUUAUUGUCGUUUGCCCUGAGUCAUUUCAAGUUUCAAAAUUUUGUUUUGGUUUUUAUCUAAAAUUAAGUGCAAGAACCUUGCAUGAUUAAUAUGUAUAUAUCUCCUAAAACUCAAAGCCAGAACACCUAGUUUUUACCUGGAGCACCUGUCUGAGAUGUAAAAUGUUCCUAGUGAGACCAAAAAGCCCAAAUUAUAUGCUGUUUUGAAUGAAACCUAUCCUUUUGCAUUUUGCCCUCUGGUGAAGUUCAUCACAGUUAUUUCUACAGCUUCAGGUUUUCUACCUCUGGGUCCCGCUGAGAUGGGGAAGGUACUAACAUUAAAUUUAAAUGGUCUUGGUGGACUUCAAGUGCCAUCACAGAAAUAUACUUACAAGAAAGCUGUAUAGAUUCAAGUGUUUUAAUAGUUUUGUUUUAUAGAUUUAUGUGUUUUAAUAUAGAUUUAGGUGUUUUCUUAUGAUUAAUUUAUGUGUUUCAUAAUCAUGUCUAGACAAAUUUCUUGUUGUUGUGUCUUUGAGAAGCUGACCUGCUCACUACUUUACAGGCUCAGUUGAGAAAUGAAAGGGAGGCACAUUUCAACAGCAAGCAAGGAACAGGAUGAAAAUACUAUUGUUGUUUUAACUGUGUGAUAAUUUAUGGAGAAUGCAAGAAAUUACUGCUUCGUUUAAUUAAGAAAGAUGAGAAGAAGAAUUGUGUAUGAUAUACAUAGGUUUGCUUGAAUAAAGCUGUUGCCUACUUCCUU